AUGGCUCUCCUCUCUUCUUCUAAAAACCCAUCAUUUCUCAUUCCUGUCUUUUUAUCAUCUCUUCUGUUUCUCACUACCCAACAAUGCAACCAUCAUCACUUCUCUGCUAUCCUACACCUCAAGCAUGGUUUUAACUUCACUGCCUCCACCCUCUCUACUCUCCCCUCUUGGAAUUCAAACAAUACCGAUUGCUGCAAUUGGGAACGCAACACGUGCGAUGGACCCACUGGUCACGUGAUCAGCCUCGACCUCAGUGAGUUCUAUAUCUCUGGUCGGAUUGAUUUUGAAAGCCUCUUUCGUCUUCGGAGCCUGCGGAGGCUCAACCUCGCUUACAAUGAGUUUGAUCCCUCUCCAUUCCCAUCUGGGUUUGACCAGCUCACCAAUUUGACCCAUCUCAACCUCUCUCACUUAUCCUUUUAUGGCCAAAUCCCACUGGAAAUCUCCCGCUUGACCACUUUGGUUUCUCUCGAUCUUUCUUACAAUCAAUAUUACAAUGGUUCUGGAUUUCACUACCUGAAACUCGAAAACCCAAGCAUUGGAGCGCUCGUCCAAAACCUGUCCAAUCUGAGUGAACUCUAUCUAGACUGGGUACACAUCUUACUGCAGCAGGGCCAGACAUUAGAUUUGCCACUCCCUACUCUCCGCAAGUUGAGCUUACGAGAUUGUCUUCUUUCAGCUUCCAUCUAUUCGUCCCUUUCACAGCUUCAUUUCUUAUCUGAACUCGACCUCAGCGGAAACAAUCUCUCCUCAGCAGUGCCCAGCUUCCCAGGGAGUCUCCGCAAGUUGAUCUUACAAGAAUGUGAUCUUUCAAGCUCCAUCUAUUCUUCCCUUUCACGGCUCCAUUUCCUAUCUGAACUCGACCUCAGUGGAAACAAUCUCUCGUCUGCAGUCCCCAAUUUCAUAGGGAACUUAUCCUCCUUGACGUCCCUGCUCCUUACAGAGUGUGGAUUGCAUGGAAAAUUCCCUGACAGUGUUUUCCAGCUGCCAAACCUACGAAUCAUCGACAUAUCAGGUAAUCCACUUGUAGCUAUCAAUUUGCCAGAGUUCCCUCAAAACAAUACUCUACAGCAAUUGUUCCUUUCAUACACUGGAUUUUCAGGAAAGUUACCAGAUUCUCUCAAUAAUCUCAAAUUCUUGACUCAAUUAGACUUCAGCAAUUGCAACUUGUCAGGAUCAUUACCAUCCUCACUUUUGAACCUUACCAAACUGCAAUAUCUGUAUCUUUCAUCCAAUAAAUUGAGCGGCCCAAUUCCUUCUUCAUAUGGAAAUGAGCUUCUGAAUCUCAAAGUGAUCAGCUUAGCGAAUAAUUUGCUUAAUGGGACCAUUCCAUCAUCAUUGCUUUCACUCCCAUCAUUACAGAGGUUGGGUCUCACAGGUAACCAACUUAGUGGUCAACUUGGCGAGUUUCACAAUGCCUCUUCUUCACAGCUGGAGUUCCUCUAUCUUUCAUCCAAUAAAUUGCAGGGGAUGAUACCCAGAUAUAUCUUUCAACUUAUCAAGCUUGAAGACCUAGACAUUUCUUCCAAUAAUUUCAGUGGUGUUGUGGAGCUAGGCUUAUUUCAAAACCUCAAAAAUCUUUACUCUCUGGAUCUUUCAGAUAACAACUUGUCAGUCCAAUAUGGCAGUGGUAAUUCCACAUUUGUUUCCAUCCCCCAGUUUCAAUUUUUGUUGUUACGUUCUUGCAACAUCAGCACAUUUCCAAAUUUCUUGAGAAAUCAAGAGCAGUUGUGGCAAUUGGAUCUUUCCAACAAUAAAAUUAGUGGUGAAAUACCCAAAUGGAUAUGGGAGAUUGGCAAUGGGUCUUUAAACUAUUUAAAUCUUUCUCACAAUGUUCUACGGGGAAUAGAACCAUCUCCCCAUCUUUCGUUGAGUGACUUGAGCAUUCUGGACAUUAGCUCCAACAAGCUAGAAGACUCACUUCCUAUCCCACCACCCUCCAUCUUAUUCUUUUCAGUUUCAAACAAUAGCCUCGGUGGUGAAAUCCCUCGAUCAGUUUGCAAUGCAACAUCCCUAGCAGUCCUCGAUUUAUCUCACAAUCAAUUCAUUGGUCGGAUUCCACCAUGUUUGGGUGAGAUUGGUGAUAGCCUUAGUGUGUUGAAUCUUCAAGGAAAUGCUUUCAAUGGCACAUUACUUCAGACAUUUAAAGAGGGAUGUAACAUACAAACGCUUGAUCUCAGUGGGAAUCAAUUAGAGGGCCAAGUGCCAAGGUCUUUGGCUAAUUGCAAAAUGUUGGAGGUAUUAAACCUUGCAAACAGUCAAAUACAUGACACCUUCCCUUUAUGGUUGGAAGCUUUGUCACAGUUGCGUGUUCUCGUCUUGAGAUCCAACCAAUUUCAUGGCAUCAUUGGGCAUCCUCUAACAAAUCAACCUUUCCCUCUGUUACAAAUUUUCGACCUCUCUUUCAAUAGUUUUGAGGGUAAUUUGCCAUCAAAUAUGUUUAAGAGUUGGAAGGCAAUGAUGGAUGAGGACAAAUCCCAAACUUUGGUCCUUAGCAAAAUGAUAAACGGAAGUUCCAUAUACUAUCAAAACAAAGUGUCUCUAGUCAUCAAAGGGCUGCAGAUCGAACUAGUAAAGAUCCUUACGGCCUUUACUGUAGUGGAUCUCUCAGUGAACAAAUUUCAUGGAGAUAUCCCAAAAUCAACUGGGGAUCUAAAGUCCCUCAUUGUGCUCAAUAUGUCCAACAAUGAUUUAACCGGCGGAAUUCCAACAUCACUUCAGAAUUUAAGGGAUCUAGAGUCAUUAGAUCUCUCACAUAAUAAAUUGUCUGGAGAGAUCCCUUGGCAGCUAACAGAUCUAACAUUCCUUGCAGUGUUGAAUCUCUCACAGAAUUUCCUCAUGGGAAAAAUACCACAAAGCCAGCAGUUUCUUACAUUUAACAGCGAAUCAUUCAAAGAGAACUUAGGAUUGUGUGGACCUCCACAAUCAAAAAAAUGCGAAGAUGCAGAGAGUACACCACUGUCCGCUCUGUCAACAUUGCAGUCCGAAAGGAAAUAUGAUUGGGAAUUAAUGUGUAUAGGAUUUGGAGUUGGAUACGGAGCAAGUUUAGGGAUUCUUUUAUGGACCCUAGCACUUUGGAGGAAGGGAAGGAAAGAGUUCUAUAUAUUUGUUGAUGGAAUGCUUUCCUUAAUUUUUCCUUCCAUGGUGUUUCCUAAAUAG